UUCUCAUUCUUGUGCUCGGGCACGUACUGUCGCCAGUGAGGUCUUUACCGAGGCACAGUCUUUUGCUGAUUGCAAAUUACACAUCCGAACACGUCUGUUGGCUUCGGCCUCCAGCAAUUUUUGGAAAACCCUCCUUUACGCUUCAAAGCUCUGUGAUAACAACCUUGUUUGAGAGUUUUGUUUGUGAAGUAUAGUGUAGAGUUGAAAUAAAACUGAAUAAAUUUGUUCAAAACUAUUAUUUCUGUUGUGCUUGAUGCAAUUGUGAGAAUGAGAUCUUGAAGUACUUUUGAAAGCUGUUGGUCGAUUGAAGUCAGGACUUGUGAAAUUUUGUCAGUUUUGAUCGGGUGAGGAACACAGUCAGCAUGGCUCUCAUCACUAUUUCCGGUUACCCAUCCUCAGGUAAAUCACGACGAGCUAUUCAGCUCAAAAACCACCUUGAAAGACGUCUUCGAGACCCAAGCUACACAGGCCCGAAGCUCAAGGUCCAAAUUCUAUCUGAUGAUGACCUAAAUAUUGAUCGGAAUGUCUACAGUGAUAGUCGGUCAGAAAAGCCUGCCCGUGCGGCCUUGUUCACGGCAAUGCAGCGACAAAUGAGCCAGGACACGAUUCUCAUUGUCGAUUCGUUGAAUUAUAUUAAAGGGUUUCGGUAUCAAAUGUAUUGCGCUGCAAGGGAGCUGAAGUUAAGAGUGUGCACGAUAUUCGUGGUAGCCACGCAGGAACUGGCACGCGAAUGGAACAAGACCCGGCAGGAUGGCAAGGCGUACCCCUCAGAAGCCUUUGAGAACCUGCUGCUGCGAUACGAGGAGCCAUCGUCCAUGGUUCGAUGGGACUCUCCGCUCUUCACAGUUCCUUGGUUGGACAAAGACGUACCAGCAGACGACAUCUGGAAAGCCAUUACAGAGGGUAUCAUAAAGCCGCCAAAUGCGGGUACACAAGCAGUACCUAAAGCUCCGACUGACGCACUGCGCACGCUUGAGCAUACCACCACCACGAUGGUAGGUGCGAUCAUGUCAGAACAGGCGGCGUCGCAAGGACUGGGUGGACCAGUCACUCUUGCGCUCUCACCAACACUGAAGCCUCGAAUCGAUCUGCCUUUUCGUAGCAUCACCCUGUCCGAACUUCAACGGAUGAAAAGACAAUUUGUCACCGUCCACAAAAAGGCAAUCACACUAGGCACGGUGGAAAAAGGAGCAGUUGAUUGGAGUGAGAAGAGUAUAGCGGACAAGUUCGCCGCAUAUAUUGAAGAGAACCUGAAGGCUUAGCUGCGUCCACUUGUCUGAUGAACAUCGAUAUCUUUUCCAUUAUGGCCUGGACUUACUACUGCACUGCGAGGGCACAGGCCUCGCGGAUGCAGGUGCAAUUGCAUCGCACAUGCGAAGGUCGCAAGGUCGGAUACGACUGAAUCGAUUCGCGCACGGGUUGGGAAUGACCGGUUAUGCUUGAUACGGAUUGGGUGCGUGGAUUGCGGAUGCAUGCGUUGUAGUGCCGGGUGCUGCGUUGAGCCUGGUGUCCAUAUUGCUGAUCUCGUAGGGUUGACCAUUGAGUACAAACAUGAUGCCUGACCACGGCUACUUGCGGAACGAUAGGCCACUUUAGCAAAAAAAAAAAAAAAAAAACAG